CUUCUUCUUCUUCUUCUGAUUCGUCUAUGGACAUUCAUUCAUCAUUAUUUAUUGUACAAACAAAAUCAUCACCAUUGGCCAAUAAUAUUGAUAUCAAUAAUAAUAAUAAUAAUAACGAUCAAUUGUCUUCCCAUUUUAUUUCUAUUCGAAAAUUGCUUACAUCAGCUAUCAUUGAUGAUGAUGAUGAUGAUGGAUUACCGAUUAAAGAUCCAAAAUUUCCACCAGAUCUUUUUACUGAAAAACAACGUAGAAAUGGUGCCAUUAUAUUUCAUAUAAUAGGAAUGAUUUAUAUGUUUGUUGCAUUAGCAAUUGUAUGUGAUGAAUUUUUUAUACCAUCAUUGGAUGUUAUAACGGAAAAAUUGGCUAUUAGUGAAGAUGUUGCCGGUGCAACAUUUAUGGCAGCCGGUGGAUCUGCUCCAGAAUUAUUCACAUCAAUCAUUGGUGUAUUUAUUAGUUUUGAUGAUGUUGGCAUUGGUACGAUUGUCGGUUCAGCCGUAUUCAAUAUAUUAUUUGUAUUAUCAAUGUGUGCAAUAUUUUCAAAAAAUGUAUUAGAUUUAACAUGGUGGCCAUUAUUUCGUGAUGUUUCAUUUUAUUCAUUAAUAUUGAUUACAUUGGUUAUAUUUUUUAUUGAUUCAACAAUAUUUUGGUAUGAAGCAUUAAUUUUAUUGACAUGGUAUGCAGCCUAUGUUACAUUCAUGAAAUUCAAUGAAUCAAUUGAACAUUUUGUUAAACGAAUAAUCAAUGGUGCCAAAGUCAAUAAUGAUAAUGAUAAUGAUGAUAGUAAACCACCUUUAGAUUAUCAGGUUUGUAUCAAACAGUUUCUAUUAUUAUUGUUCUAUUUGUUUCAUUUGGUUUUUAUUCGGUUCGAUUCACAGUAUAAACGUAAAUCAUCAACACCAAUGUUACAUGGUGGUUCAAAAUUUCGUCAAGGAUUAUUACAAUUAAUGAUACAUUCGAUUGAUCCUUUAUAUGAAGAACAAUUACAGAUGACAACAACAACAACAACAACGAUAAAUGAUGAAAUGAUUGCUUCCAAAACACACGUUCAUCCACCAGGUGCUGCAUUUUGUCCAAUUUGUGGUGAAGAUAAACAUGAAAUUCGUUUAGAUUCGAAUGGUAUAUUUCAUACGCAUGAUCAUCAUCAUAAUCAUCAAAAUCAUCAUGAUGAUAAUAAUAAUCAAAACAAUGGUAAUUAUCAUGAUCAUAAAGAUGGUAUUGUUGAUAAUAAUAAUAUAAUAAGAACAAAUAAUCCAAUGAAUGGUAAUUUAGUUCGUCAAGAUACUAUUGCAACAGCCGAAAACAAUGAUCCAUUAGAUGUUUCAUGGCCGGAAACAUUACGUGAACGUUUAACAUAUUGCCUAUUGGCACCGAUAAUCAUACCAUUAUGGUUAACAUUACCAGAUGUUCGUCGACCUGACAAACGUAAAUGGUUUGCAAUCACAUUUAUCGGCUCAAUCCUAUGGAUAGGUCUUUAUUCAUAUUUUAUGGUUUGGUGGGCAACACAAGUUGGUGAUACAUUUCGUAUACCAUCCGAAAUAAUGGGCCUUACAUUUUUAGCUGCUGGUACAUCAAUACCUGAUCUAAUUACAUCGGUUCUUGUUGCACGUAAAGGUCUUGGUGAUAUGGCUGUAUCUAGUUCGAUUGGUUCGAAUAUAUUUGAUGUUGCUGUUGGAUUACCAUUUCCAUGGUUAAUUUAUACAAUGCUAUUUGGACAGGUGAAUGUCAAUUCAUCCGGAAUGAUUUGUUCAGUGAUAUUAUUAUUUUUAAUGUUAUUAUUCGUUAUAAUUACAAUCGCUGCAUUUAAAUGGCGAUUAAAUAUUGGUAUGGCUGCUGUUAUGUUUGUACUUUAUUUUUUCUUUAUUAUUUGUUCAUUGAUGCUCGAAAAAGAUAUUAUCAAAUGUACUUCCAUUAUUAAUAUUUUUACAUUUUGAACAUUAAAUUAAUGAAAAAAAAACAACAACUACAUCAC